UGCGGGGAAGAGCCCUGCCUGGCAGAGCCACACACACAGGGAAUCAGAGGGAGAAGCCACAGAGCUAAAUCUAGAGAAACAUGGUGGGAAAGCCUGGGACCCCCAAGGCCAUGGGGAACGUGACUGAGCUGAGCUGCCGAGUGCAAGAGGAUAACACGGCCAGGAGGGAGCACUUCUCCGCAGAAUGGAUAGACACCUCCAUGUUCAGCCGACCAGAGGAAAGCUGCAAUGCCCGUGAUGCCAAUGUGUGGAGGAGAGAGAGUUUCCGCCAACAGGGACAGACCCGCUUCCUGGUCCAACAGUCUCCCGCACAGGUCAUGAAAAUGGGUCGCCUUGGCCAGAGACUCACCCAGUACCAGCUGCCCUACCAGAGAAUGUUGCCUCUGCCCAUCUUCAAGCCAGCAGAUCUCAGCACCAAGAUGGAACGCAUAGCCACCCCGCCCCAGCUGCGCGGCAUGAUGGAGUUCGAGAGGGCGCUUAGCCACCCAGGCAAUGACGGCGUCUGUCCGGAUAAGAAGUCGCUCUCCCAGAUCACUAAAGAGUUGCCUCCAGUCAUGCAACCAGUGAGAAUGGAGAUGAUGAAGCCAGGCCUGGCCCAGUCUUUCACAAGGUCUACGUCCCAAGAAGUCAUGAGAGGGUAGAAGAGAGGAGAAGGCGAAGGGUCUAGAGGAGAGUGAAAGGUGUAGAGCAACCACCCAAUCCUAUCUGCUAGUCAUAGAUGGCCAGGUUAGAGUGCAGUGUGUGUCUGCAUGGUGUCUGCUCUAGAAGGCCCCUACUUUGUAUAGCUGGAUUAUAGGGAAACGGCCAAUUGGUUCCCGGCGGCAACCUCUUCGUUGUGUUUGUAAACUGGAUAGAAUAUUCCAGCUUGAGAUUAUUUGCAGAAGUUUAUAUGUCUUUUAUCUGUAGGUCACAAUUUUGGGAAUGAUAUAUGGAAUGGAAGGUGGCAUAUGAGUAGGUGCAGGAGCUCGUUGUCCUUAGUGUAGAGUUAGGGGGGAAAAGGUAGUCAUUCCCCAAGCCCAGGAUGGGAGACAGGGUACUAUGGCUGAAUUCCCUUUUUACUAGACAACAAUGGGUUCCUUGUUGCCCUGGUUUAUAGUGCAAUGGUUGGUGGCCAAUUUAAGAAAGGUUGGAGACCCGGUUGAGCAUUUCAGUCUGAUCUGAUCUAGAAAAGCCGCUUACAGCACUGCCAAUAAGCAAGUUACCCGGGGCACUCGGCAGAGAGAUUGCAGGUGAAUAGUUAUAAUGAGGGACAUAGUUUGUAUAAAGCCCCAGGGUGGGGCAAUGUAGGCAUCAGACCCAUAAUGGAAUGGGCUACAAUAUACUGUAUAUCCCCAUCCUCUCCUACAUGAAAUCCAGGUGACUGAACUACCCAAUGGCACGGCGGGAGCUGCCAUACUUGGGCCAUGGUGGCUUCUACACCUUGAGUGAUGGGACAAAGAAAAACCCGUUAGGUGAAACGAUGGACUGCAGAUCCCUCUGCCCUUAAUGGGGCUCAGAUAUGUUUGCACAGUUUUAUAUGAAAACAGAUACAUAUUUAUAUUUGUACCUAUGUUCUCCUUUGUCUUGGUACUAAUUAAGUUCUAAUGUUAUUUUCUUACGUCUAAUAAAAUGAAUGUUUCAGCCCUUUU